CGUGUUCUACGCGUAUGAUACACGCAUACAGUACACGCAUAAAAUAGAUAUAUACGUAAUCACACACAGUAUCUCGUGUAUAGUACACGCACAAAUACAUAUAUACGUAUCACACCCAGUCUCUCGUGUGUAGCACAAGAAUUGCUUCGACAUCACUCUCUACACCGUUCUCUAUCCUUAGCUUUGGCAGGGCACUCCUCAAGCUCAUCACUUCAACACACCUCAAUCAACAGACCCAUCCAUAGACCCAAAGGGCAAUCACCACCACCGCCGCCAUGUCGUCGGGAUCUAAAUCACACUACUUUUACAAGCGCAUGCAGCAACUGAAACAGAAGAAUGCCGAGACCAAAGGCGUGCGCACAGCCACCAGUUUCGACGAAGAGUUCAAGCGGAUGGAAGACAUGACACGACACAUGGAGAAAGCCUAUACACGGAUACCUGAUAAACUGGAUCAGUAUCUACAGCCAGACCCUACCAAGCGGAUGAGUAAGAUGGUGCUUAAGAACAAGGAUACAGCGGUGACUGAGGAUAUGAUUGCUAAGGAGAAUCUGUGCAAGAUGGGCCAGGCGAUGAUUGAUGCCGGGUACACAUUCGGUGAGGAAACCACUCUGGGCUGCUACUAUCUCAAAGCAGGCACCAGCCAGCAGGAGAUCACCAAGAGCUGGUUGGCCUUUCAGUACGAAGCCAAUCGCAUGUAUCUGAAGCCCAUGGAACUACUGGUAGAAGACCUCAAACACAUCAAGAAGAACCUCAACAAGAUUCAACAGGACCGAUUGUACCUGGACUCAACCAAGACGCGCAAGGAGAAAUCGCGGCAGGACAUUAAGAAUUACGACCCCAGUGUGGUGCAGCAUCUGCAGAAGAAGGCCGAGAGUUUGCAGGAGAAUCUGGAGAUCAAAGCCGGCAAUGUGCAAAGUCAGAUGGAGCAGUUCUUUUAUGAACUGGAAGACGACCAGAUCCUAAUGCUUCAGAACUUCAUCGCCACGGUAUGCUAA